AUGAGAAGUAAUUCAUCAAAUGAAGUCAAAGUAUCUUCAUCGCGGAAAAGUAUCUUAUCGGCUGUACAUUCACAUUUAAUUCGUGCUCUUCAACGAUUAAAUUUGUUUUCUGAUAAUCCAUUUUGGUCACCAGUAUUAAAUUUUGAUGAACAAACUCUUAGUACUCGACUUUUCCUUAUAUUUAUUUCUAUAUCUCUAUUAGUUGUUAUUGGUUAUGCUAGUUUAACUGUUCGAACACAUAAUGUAACUCUAUAUAAGUUUUCUAUAUCGGACUUUGAAAGACUUGAAGCACGUUAUCCAAGUACAAUUAACGUUCCAUGUACUGAAGUAUCAGUACCUUUUAAUAAAUUUUUGAAUUUAUCUCCACGAUUUCAUCAAGUAUGUUUAAGUUCGUUUGUUCGAAACAAAUGGAUUUCGUCUUUAUUUCUCUUCAAUGCGACAUCUCAUAAUAUUUUGGAUUUUCGUACAUUUGCUUUUGCUCAAUAUCGUUCUCUUCGUUUACUUUGUCAGUUAGCACGUCAAGCUAUUAAGGAUACUCAUCGUACAUUUAAUUCUACUCAUUUAGUUAAUCGUAAUACUUUUUCACGAGCUCAAUUUAACGAAAUAGCUUCUGUUCUUGCUGAUAAUCUUCAACGAAAUGUUUUAACUAAUGAAAAACGAACGGCAAGAGUAGUAUCAAUGAUUAUAGCACGAAAUCGAUUAUUCUCAGCUUUACGUACAAACUAUUAUAUUCACUCUGUACCUGGUUCAAGAAGAUAUUUAACAUAUUAUGCAGUUUAUAUGGAAAUAAAUGGAACAGAGGAAUCAUCUUGUGAUUGUUUAUUAAGAGGAAACCAAUGUAUAUAUCCAGCUGGUGCUUUUUAUAAUUGGACUUUACCAGAAUUAGGAAAAUCAGCUAAAAAUAAUCCACCACCACAAUUUCAGAUUCCUGGACUAAUGGCUGGAUGUAUACCUCUUGAUGCUAUGCGUCAAUCAACUCUUGAAUGUUUAUAUAAUCAAUCAUGUGUAAAUGCAAUAUCACUUCAACCAAAAAUUUCUCGACCAAAAGCUUUAAAUGCAUCUUUAUCACGAUUUUCGUUGAAUUCAACAAUAGGUUCAAUAUUCGAUGAAUCUUUAUUUGUAGAGUCUUGGCAAAAUCAAUCGAGUUUUGAAAAUUAUUACGCUGCUUGUGCACCUCAAUCUCUCUCCUAUAGUUAUGAAAGUCGAUUUCAUCUUGGUACGAUUAUUACUAUGAGUCUUGGUGCUUUUGGUGGUCUUGUUAUUGUAUGGCAAUUAAUUACACCAAGUUUUAUCAAAAUUUCGAAACGAAUUAAUUGGAAAAAACAACAAAGAAAAUCACGUACAACUAUAGAACAAACACAUGUAGAACAUGAAAUUUUAAAAAUGGGACCAAAACCAAUAAAUAAAGGUUAA